CAUAUAUUUUUGAAGCUUUCCUACAUUAUGUACACCACAAACGCAUAUAGCUCUUUUGGAACAGGUUAUUCUGGUUAUGGCAGUCUAUCCACAGCAACAAUUAGCUAUGAAACAAAUUCAAAGGAUCCUGUACUUCUCAGAUCCCGCGUCUUUGUCGGCAAUAUGAACCCAAAAGUUGGCAGAGAGGAAAUUAUUCAAUUGUUUCGUUCUUAUGGAACUCUUAUUGGCGUGACCGUCUUUAAAGGAUAUGCUUUUGUUCAAUUUUCGCAUGGGAGUGAAGCUGAUUUGGCUGUGACUGCUUUAAAUGGAUAUAACUGGCAUGGAAGUCCUUUGGAUUGCAAACUUGCUAUAACCGGCUUUGCUGGCAAGCCCAUGACAGUUAGCACUACUCCUGGUAUUGGAGUAGCAAAGGGGAUGGGAAAACGAAAUCAAAACCAGCCACAACCUUUACCACCUUCUGGAGGUGCUCAAACAAAAAGAAUUAAAGUCGACUACAAUACUUCAAACAGAAAUAUUGCGGAAAAUUUGGAAUAUACAGAUUUGGCUAGUGUACAACCACAUGGUUUCGUUCUUUUAAUUUUUGUUUUUAAUUUUGGGGACAGCCUUUGUGGGUAUUUGGAAUCGCAUGGGGCGAGUUAUUCGAAAUCCGCGAGUCGAAUACUUGUCUUUUUCUCUCUCUUUUCUCUCUGAAAACUUUGAAUCAGACCCAUAACCAGGGGGAAUCCUCCCCUUCCCCCCCCCCUCCGAAAAAAGGGCUAUGGGCCUAUUUGGAAGCGAAUGGGACGAGUUAUCCGAAAUCCGUAGUCAACUCCCUGCCAUUUUGACGACCUGAAACCCGAUCUAUGAGAUCUUUGGAAAUCCAACUUUUUCGUAACUAUUCCAUAUCCCUUUUUGAAUUAAAUUCCCUUCCCGUAAAUUUAAGCGAUCCACAUUUUUAUUAUCUUAACCAAAUAAAUAUUUUCAAUUAAUGGGAGAAACGACUAAAUUUCUUAUAAAUUUUACAUAUCCCCUCCCACCCCUGUUUUCACCCUAAAAAUUGUAAAGAAAAAUUUUUCAGUUGGUUUUGAUGACAUAUUAAUUUGCGGAGUUUGCCGUAUGGUUACCAAAGAUUUGGCUGAAUUUGUUGAACAUCGCAAACAUCCAUGUAAAAUUCCUAAGCCUGGGGUGUUAUUGGGUACCGAAAAUUGGGGGAAGUUGAUAUGGUUUUUUAAAACUUCCAUUCAUUCUAACAAACUCGCGUUGACCCCAUGCCUCUGAAAAUUUCACUUGGGGAAAUCCUUCCCCUUUUCCUCUUCCCCCUAACGUCGUCGUGGAAUAUUUCCACAAGUCCCCUCCUCCUCUCCCUGAAAAAUCCAUUCUCUCCUCCCAUUUUCGUCGUUGCAGAGCAUCUCUUAUAACCCAAUCCCAAAAUUUUACCAGAGAAAAUCCAUCCCCUUUUUCCUCUUCCCCCUAACGUAGUCGUUGGAACAACUCCUUAAACCCCCUUCUAUUCCACCUAAAAAUCCAUUCUCUUCUCUCAUUUUCGUUGUUGCAGAACAUCCCUUAUAAAAUCC